GCGGGGCGGGGCGGCGCGGGGGCACUUCCUGCCGCCGCCAUUUUGUCGGCGCACGGGGAGGAGGAAGCGGCGGCUCCUGCGCGGCGGCAGCGCCCGGGCCCGGCCCCGCGAUCUUUCUUUCCGUAGUAGCUCCGAACAUGAAGGUCCGAGGCUGCGGCUGGUGAAGAGGAACCCAACGCCCGCAGGGUCAACUCCGAUUCCAGAUACGGUGUCUGAGGGCAUUUGUGCCUGGAGCCACGGAGGAUUCCAUGGAGAAGCCAGGCGACCUCUGACUCGGCAGCGGAUCGGGGCAGUUCCACGGCCAUGUAUCCUACCAGGGUAUCCGGUGAGGAAUGCAAUGGGAUCAAUAGCAUGUCGGCGGAGAGCGGCCCUGGAACGCGACUGAGGAAUCUGCCGGUGAUGGCGGAUGGACUGGAGGCCACUCAGAUGUCUACGACGCAGUCCCAGGCUCAACCCCAACAAGGCAGCGCUGUCGGCGUGAACCCACCACCGCCGGAGACCUCCAACCCCAACAAACCCAAGCGCCAGACCAACCAGUUGCAGUAUCUGCUCAAGGUGGUGCUGAAGACGCUGUGGAAGCACCAGUUUGCGUGGCCUUUCCAGCAGCCCGUGGACGCCGUUAAGCUGAACCUCCCUGAUUAUUAUAAGAUAAUUAAAACCCCGAUGGACAUGGGAACAAUAAAGAAACGUUUGGAGAACAACUACUACUGGAACGCUCAAGAGUGCAUCCAGGACUUCAACACCAUGUUUACAAACUGCUACAUCUACAACAAGCCAGGAGAUGACAUUGUCUUAAUGGCUGAAGCUCUGGAGAAGCUUUUCCUGCAGAAGAUCUCCGAGAUGACCCAAGAGGAGACGGAAAUCGUCAUCGCGCAGACCAAGGGGAGAGGCCGCGCCAGGAAGGAAGCAGCAGUGACGUCCAAGCCGGGCUCUUCCACGGUCCCCAACGCCACUCAGGCCUCGUCGCCGGCGCCGCCGCAAGCGCCGCAGCAGAACCUCCAGUCGGCGCAGACGCCUCAUCCCUUCCCUCCCGUCACCCCCGACCUCAUCGUCCAGACGCCCAUCAUGACGGUGGUGCCUCCUCAGCCUCCGGCGCCGCCGCCUCCUGCUCCUCAGGCCCCCGCCCCACCAGCCCCGGCUCCCCAACCCAUCCAAGCGCACCCUCCCGUCAUCCCGACGCCCGCCCAGCCGGUCAAGACAAAGAAAGGGGUGAAGAGGAAAGCGGAUACGACGACGCCAACCACCAUCGACCCCAUCCACGAAUCCUCAUCGCUUCCCACCGAACCCAAAUCCACCAAAUUGGGACCUCGUCGGGAAAGCAGUCGCCCGGUGAAACCUCCAAAGAAGGACGUUCCCGAUUCCCAACAACACACGGUGGAAAAAAGCAGUAAAAUAUCCGAGCAGUUAAAAUACUGCAGCGGAAUCAUCAAAGAGAUGUUCGCCAAGAAACACGCGGCCUACGCUUGGCCCUUCUACAAACCUGUGGACGUGGAAGCUCUGGGACUGCACGAUUAUUGCGAUAUCAUCAAACACCCCAUGGAUCUGAGCACCAUCAAAUCCAAACUGGAGAACCGGGAAUACCGAGACGCUCAGGAAUUUGCCGCCGACGUCCGGUUGAUGUUCUCCAACUGCUACAAAUACAACCCCGCCGACCACGAGGUGGUGGCCAUGGCGCGGAAGCUUCAGGACGUCUUCGAGAUGCGCUUUGCCAAGAUGCCGGAUGAGCCGGAAGAACCUGUCAUCCCAGCUUCUUCUCCCGUGGUGGUCCCACCUCCAACCAAGGUGGCUCCUCCGUCCUCCAGCGACAGCAGCAGCGACAGCUCCUCCGACAGCGACAGCUCCUCCGACGACUCCGAGGAGGAGCGAGCUCAGCGCUUAGCAGAGCUCCAGGAACAGCUGAAGGCGGUCCACGAGCAGUUGGCCGCUCUGUCCCAACCGCAGCAGAACAAACCAAAGAAGAAGGAGAAGGACAAAAAGGAGAAGAAGAAGGAGAAGCACAAAAAGAAAGAAGAGCUGGAAGACGCCAAGAAGAGCAAAGCCAAGGAACCGCCCCCCAAGAAGGUCAAGAAGAGCAACAGCAACACCAGUGCCUCCAGCAAGAAGGAACCGGUGGCGGUGAAGAACAACAAACCCGCUCCGGCCUACGAAUCCGAGGAGGAGGAGAAAUGCAAACCCAUGUCCUACGAGGAGAAGAGACAACUCAGCUUGGACAUUAACAAACUCCCCGGGGAGAAGUUGGGGCGCGUUGUCCACAUCAUCCAAUCGCGAGAACCUUCCCUCAAAAACUCCAACCCCGACGAGAUCGAGAUCGAUUUUGAGACGCUGAAGCCAUCCACGCUGCGGGAGUUGGAACGUUACGUCACCUCGUGCCUCAGGAAGAAGAGGAAACCACCAGCGGAGAAGGUGGACGUCAUCGCCGGUUCCUCCAAGAUGAAGGGCUUCUCCUCCUCCGAGUCCGAGAGCAGCAGCGAGUCCAGCUCCUCCGACAGCGAGGAGUCGGAAUCAGAAAUGGCACCGAAACUAAAGAAAAAAGGCCACUCGGGGCGAGAGCAGAAGAAGCAUCACCAUCACCACCACCAACCGGCGCAGCCGCCGCCCCCGCAGCCUCUCCCGCCGCAGCCGCAGCCGCAGCAGCCCCCUCCGCCCCCGCCGCCGCCACAGCCGUUACCGCCGCAGCCGUUACCGCCCCAGCAGCCGCCGCCGCCUCCGCCCGUCCCUCAACAAGCUCCUCCACCCAUGAAGUCUUCUCCUCCGCCUUUCGUCCCCACCCAAGUCCCCGUCUUGGAGCACCCGUUGCCGGGGACCAUGUUUGACACCAUGACGCAUUUCACCCAACCCAUCCUGCAUCUGCCGCAGCCGGAGCUGCCGCCUCAUCUCCCGCAGCCGCCCGAGCACAGCACUCCCCCCCACCUCAACCAGCAUGUGGUGUCUCCUCCAGCUUUGCACAACGCUCUUCCUCAGCAGCCUUCGAGGCCCAGUAACCGCGCGGCGGCGCUGCCCCCGAAGCCGUCGCGGCCGCCCGCCGUCUCGCCGGCGCUCAGCCAACAGCCCCUCCUCCCGCAACCCCCUCUGCCGCAACCGCCGCAGGUCCUCCUGGAGGACGAAGAACCUGCGGCGCCGCCGCCGCCGCCGCCGCCUCCUCCUCCUCACCACAAUCUGCCUCUGAGCACCAACCAGAUGCAGCUCUACCUGCAGCAGCUGCAGAAGGUGCAGCCACAGACUCCGCUUCUCCCUUCAGUGAAGGUCCAGGCGCCGCCGCAGCCCCCGCUGCAGCCGCCGCCGCCGCCGCCGCAUCCCGCCGUGCAGCAGCUGCAGCACCAGGCGCCGCCGCGGCCCAUGCACAUGCCACCCAUGUCCUUCCCGGCCCACCUCCCGCCGAGCCAAGCGCCGCCGCCGCCGCCGCCGCAGCAACAACAUCCGCCCCCGCAGCCGCCGCCGCCGCCGCCGCCGCCGGCCAAACCGCAGCAGGUCAUCCAGCACCACCCCUCGCCGCGGCACCACAAGCCCGACCCCUACGCCACCGGUCACUUGAGGGAAGCCCCUUCCCCUCUCAUGAUGCAUUCCCCACAGAUGCCGCAGUUCCAGGCUUUGGUCCAUCAGUCGCCACCUCAACAAUCUCUCCAGCCAAAAAAACAGGAGAUGAGAGCCGCCUCCGUCGUCCAAUCGCAGCCGCUGGUGGGGAAGGAGGAGAAGAUGCAUUCGCCCGUCAUCCGCAACGAGACCUUCAGCCCUCCGCUGCGACAGGAGCCACCGAAGCACCAGGAGAACAUCAAAGCCCCCGCGCACAUCCCCCAGAGGACGGAGAUGAAGCCCAUGGAGGGAGGACGUCCGGUGAUCAGACCCCCCGAGCAGAACCCCCCACCGCCCGGCGUCCAGGAGAAAGAGCGGCAGAAACAGGAGCCCAAAACCCCCGUUGCCCCAAAAAAGGACCUGAAGAUCAAGAACAUGGGUUCCUGGGCGAGUUUGGUCCAGAAACAUCCCACCACUCCGUCGUCCACGGCCAAAUCGUCCAGCGACAGCUUUGAGCAGUUCAAGAGGGCGGCGCGGGAGAAGGAGGAGCGCGAGAAGGCCCUGAAGGCGCAGGCGGAGCAGGUGGAGAGGGAGAAGGAGCGCCUGAGGCGGGAGCAGGAGAGGAUGAGGAGCCGGGAGGACGAGGAGGCGCUGGAGGCGGCGCGCCGCGUGCACGAGGAGGUUCGGCGGCGUCAGGAGCAGCAGCAGCAGCAACAGGCGGCGGCGGCGGCGGCGGCGGCGGCACCGCAAGCGCAGAGCUCCCAACCUCAGGCGUCCCAAUCCAUGUUGGAUCAGCAGCGGGAGAUGGCCCGGAAGCGGGAGCAGGAGCGGAGGCGCCGGGAAGCGAUGGCGGCGACGAUCGACAUGAAUUUCCAGAGCGAUUUGCUGGCGAUUUUUGAGGAGAACCUCUUCUGACGGCUCCGGAGGGAUUUGGGGCCGAUUCCGCGGGAUUUGGAGCCGAUUCUGCGGGAUUUGGGGCCCAUUCCGUGGGGUUCGGGGCUGUUUCCGCGGGAUUUCGGGGGGUCGAUCCCGUGGGAUUUGGAGCCGUUCCCGCUUGGACUCCGAAGUACCACAAAAUUUCUCCUUUCUUUCCCUUUUCCCAGCGGAAAAAAAUGAAAAAACAAAACAAAAACCAACAAA